AUGACAAAGACUAAGAGACCACAAUGGGCAUUAAGAAGGUGUGUGGGCAAGAGCAGCGCAGCCUUGGAUCCAUCGUGGAACCACAGUCCGGCUGGACGCCCGGCCUUUGGGCCAGAGACGCUCCAAACCAGCAACUACUCCCUGGUUUUACUGAUUCAGCUCAGCCUGCUCUCCUUUGACCUGUUUGUCAACUCCUUCAGUGAGCUGCUGAGGACUGAACCUGCUGUCCAACUUGUACUCUUCAUUAUGCAGGACAUUUCCAUCCUGUUCAACCUGAUCAUCAUUCUGUUGAUGCUGUUUAACACCUAUGUGUUCCAAAUCGGCCUGGUGGCCAUAUUGCUGGAGCGGUUUAGAGCCCUGCUAAUGCUCUCUGCUCUCUACCUGACCUUCAGUAUCGUACUGCAUUCUUGGCUAAUGAAUCUGCGUUGGCUAAAUACCAACAGAUUUAUCUGGACAGACGGCCUUCAGGUGCUAUUUGUGGUCCAAAGAGUCGGCUCUGUGCUGUACUACUACUUUUACAAGAGGACCUCAGAGUAUCUUGGUGACCCUCGACUCUAUGAGGACUCACCGUGGCUGCGAGAAGUCUUUGUUCGGGCCAGACAGUGAUCUCAUCAUGGCAACACAACACGCGGUGCCACAGAAGCUGGAACAAGUGUAAGAAAGGAACACAAGCUAACCUUCCAUAUGGAGAGUAAAUAUGCUAAAACUGAGUGAAAGUUCAAUAGAGUGUCUUCUAUGGGUACAGAAACUUUAUUUGAAAUUCAUUUUCGAUCACAGUGGCAUUUACACAAGAAGUGUAACAUAAUAUUCCCUGGGUGGAUUGUGCCAAAACUGGUGGGGUGUUUUUCAUCAAGCAGGCCGGAAUGUCUCAUCAGGCCUGUUUGACUGUUCACAGGGUAAAACACUACAUGAAAAAAGAGACAAAUACUCUGUUGAUUCCACUCACCACAUGCCCUUUUCUUUAUUUUUGUUAAUGUUGUACAUUUUUUUAAACACAUACCUGUUUUAUAUACAUUUUAAAAAUAUAAAUGUUGCUUUGAGUUUGUUUGUAAUGUUGCUUCUAAAAGAGGAUUCUGUAUUAUGGUUCGGCCAGUGAUUCAUCUAAGCUGGCUGAGUUGUAUUGUCACAACAAUUUCUCAUAUAAAUACAUUAAAUACAGUAAAAUGUCCUUAAA